CCCAUCUUCCUGCAGUUUCUUGCUGCUCUUCAUUUUCUAUGCUGAGCAUCGCCCGCAAGACUUUUAAACGCGUUCCCAGCUUUCAGGACCUUCUUCAAGGCAGGAUGACCCACCCCGACAUUUCCGUUGACGUCCUCGUCAUUGGCGCUGGCCCUACUGGUUUGGGUGCCGCUAAGCGUCUUAACCAGAUCAAUGGCCCCUCUUGGUUGAUUAUUGACUCGAACGAGACCCCCGGUGGUCUUGCCUCCACUGAUGUGACCCCUGAAGGCUUCCUGUACGAUGUUGGUGGCCACGUUAUCUUCUCCCACUACAAGUACUUCGACGACUGCAUCGACGAGGCUCUCCCCAGGGAUGAGGACUGGUUCACCCACGAGCGUAUCUCCUACGUUCGUUGCCAGAACGAAUGGGUCCCCUACCCCUUCCAGAACAACAUCUCCAUGCUUCCCAAGGCGGAGCAGGUCAAGUGCAUUGACGGCAUGAUCGAUGCUGCUCUUGAGGCUCGUGUUGCCGCCAACAAGCCCAAGAACUUCGACGAGUGGAUCGUCCGCAUGAUGGGUACUGGUAUCGCCGACCUUUUCAUGCGCCCUUACAACUACAAGGUCUGGGCCGUUCCCACCACCAAGAUGCAAUGCGCUUGGCUCGGUGAGCGUGUCGCUGCCCCCAACCUGAAGGCCGUGACCACCAAUGUCAUCCUGAACAAGACCGCCGGUAACUGGGGUCCCAACGCCACCUUCCGUUUCCCUGCCCGUGACGGUACCGGUGGUAUCUGGAUUGCUGUUGCCAACACCAUCCCCAAGGAGAACACCCGCUUCGGUGAGCAGGGCAAGGUCUCCAAGGUCAACGCCGGCAACAAGACCGUCACCCUCGCCGAUGGCACCGUCAUCGGUUACCAGAAGCUGGUCUCCACUAUGGCCGUUGACUUCCUGGCCGAGGCCAUGGACGACAAGGAGCUGAUGCCCCUCACCAAGCAGCUCUUCUACUCCUCCACUCACGUUAUCGGUGUCGGUAUUCGUGGUGCCCGCCCCGACCGCAUUGGUGACAAGUGCUGGCUCCUGAGGAGUCUCAAGAAGCUUCCCACUCUCCAGCUGGCUGACGGCUCUAAGCCCGCCUCUUCCGAGGCCAAGGAGGGCCCCUACUGGUCCAUCAUGCUGGAGAUCUCCGAGUCUUCCAUGAAGGCCGUCAACCACGAGACGCUCCUCCAGGACUCCAUCCAGGGUCUCGUCAACACUGAGAUGCUGCAGGCCGGUGACGAGGUUGUCUCCACCUACCACCGCCGCUUCGACCACGGCUAUCCCACCCCCAGCCUGGAGCGUGAGGGUGCCCUCACCCAGAUCCUGCCCAAGCUGCAGGAGAAGGGUAUCUGGUCCCGUGGCCGUUUCGGUAGCUGGCGCUACGAGGUCGGCAACCAGGAUCACUCUUUCAUGUUGGGUGUCGAGGCUGUCGACAACAUUGUCAACGGUGCUGUUGAGCUGACCCUCAACUACCCUGACUUCGUCAACGGUCGCCAGAACACUGAGCGUCGCCUGGUUGAUGGUGCUCAGGUCUUCGCCAAGAAGGCUCAGCAGUAG